UGAACAUUCCAUUUGGUAUUUUUUCAGACUGUUUUUAACUUUUGUACGAGGAAGGUGGUGAAGUCGAAGUCGAAAUCGAAAUCGAGAGAAACAAAGACAUCGUAUACAUUACGCCCUGAUGGAAUAAAAUUUAGUUAAAUAAUAUUUAAAUUUAAUAAAAAUAGUAGAGUGUUUAAUAUAAAACGAAAGUCAUUAUUAAUCAGUUACACAAGCAAAUCAGUUACACACAACCAAACAAAUAUGUUUUCCAAACAGCGCUUCCUGGCCGAGGUGGUGCUGCUCUUCAUCGCCUGCAGUUGCGUUUUUUCCGUUGAGGCUCAAUUAGCCGACAAAACACAGAAUCCUUGCGUCAAUAAGCGCACGUGCCAUGAAUGCAUACAAACACAAAGCUGUGCUUGGUGCAUGCAACCCGACCAUGGUGACAAACCACGCUGCUUCGAUCAUAGUUACUCAAAUAUCUGUCCGGAACAAUAUAUUUGGUAUCCGAAAACAGAAGAGCAAUUCAUUAUAAACCGUGAACUUACACGUGGUGGUGCGGCGCGUGCUGCCGGUGGGCAAAUGAUGUAUGGUGGUUCUUAUGCAGCCAAUUCCUCAUACAGCAGUUCUAGUUCGGGUUCAUACGGUGCUGCUUAUGGUGGCGGAGCAAGUGGUUUUGCUGCUGGCUCUGCAUCUAGUGCUGCAGCAGGCAGCGACAUUGUACAAAUUAGUCCACAACGUGUGAGCUUAAAGUUGCGCAUAAACGAAGUGUAUCCCUUGAGCUUCCGUUACUCACAAGCAGAAGAUUAUCCAGUUGAUCUUUAUUAUUUGAUGGACUUGUCAAAAUCCAUGGAGGAUGACAAAAAUAAAUUGUCAGCAUUGGGUGAUUUGUUGUCGGAGACUAUGCGUAAUAUAACAUCCAAUUUCCGUUUGGGUUUUGGCUCAUUCGUUGAUAAGGUGCUGAUGCCUUACGUUUCUACAAUUCCAAAGAAUCUGGAAGAGCCGUGUACGGGCUGUGCAGCACCUUACGGCUAUCGUAAUGUAAUGGCUUUAAGCACGGAUACAUAUCGAUUUUCUUCUGAAGUCAAAAAUGCUGCUGUAUCUGGUAAUCUGGAUGCACCGGAAGGUGGUUUCGAUGCUAUUAUGCAGGCUAUCGCUUGUCGUCAGCAAAUAGGCUGGCGCGAGAAAGCUCGACGCUUAUUGGUCUUCUCAACAGAUGCAGGAUUUCAUUAUGCCGGUGAUGGCAAACUCGGUGGUGUUAUUGCGCCUAACGAUGGUGAAUGCCAUUUGGAUCGCGAUGGAUUGUACACGCAUUCCGUAAUACAAGACUACCCCAGUAUAUCUCAAAUCAAUCACAAAGUUAAACAAAACGCUAUUAACGUAAUAUUUGCCGUAACUGCAAACCAACAUUCUGUGUAUUCCAAAUUGUCAAAACAUAUCGAAGGUUCUACAAGUGCUAUACUCUCAGAGGAUUCCUCUAAUGUGGUUACCUUAGUGCGUAAGGAGUACAGUAAAAUCUCUUCGUCUAUUGAAAUGAAAGAUAAUGCCACUAGCAAUGUAAAAAUUACAUAUCAUUCUGCGUGCCUAAAUAAUGGCACUGCAGUUCCUACAGCAAAAUGUGAUGAUAUUAAAGUUGGUCAGUUGGUUUAUUUCACCGCACAGAUUUCGGUAACAUCAUGCCCAGCCGAUCCACGUGACUGGAAACAAACAAUACAAAUUUAUCCAGUCGGUUUGAAUGAAAGUUUGAUUAUCGAUUUGGAAUUGUUAUGUUCGUGUCCUUGUGAGAAACCUGGUUCGAUUGGAUAUGAAACUAAUUCAGCAUAUUGUAAUGGUCAUGGCACGUACAUGUGCGGCAUCUGUGAGUGCGAUGAAUCGUACGUUGGUCGGAAUUGUGAAUGUUCUGUGACAGACGCGCAUUCUCAUAAAGAAAGUGAUAUCGGUUGUCGCGCUGGUAAUAGUACACAGGAUUGUAAUGGACGUGGUAUGUGUUUAUGUGGCAUCUGCCACUGCGAGCAACGUGAUAAUCCCGAAGAAAAAAUAACAGGCGACUUCUGUGAGUGUGAUAACUUCUCGUGUGAACGUCAUAAGCAACAGUUAUGCUCUGGUCCCGAUCAUGGUAUAUGCGCAUGUAAUGUUUGUGAAUGUAAACCUGGUUGGACUGGUGCAGCUUGCGAUUGUCAAGCUUCCAAUCACACAUGCAUACCACCAAAUGGCGGUGAAAUUUGUUCCGGACACGGUGAAUGUGAAUGUGGUGUAUGCAAAUGCAAAACUACUGAGGAAGGUCGUUAUUCUGGCGAUUACUGUGAAAAAUGUCCCACAUGUUCUAGACGUUGUCAAGAGCUUAAAGACUGUGUCCAAUGUCAAAUGUAUAAAACUGGUCCUUUGAAAGAUCCAAAGGAUUGUGCAGAUAAUUGCAUUAACAUAAAUCCUAUUGGAGUUGAGAAGGUCAUCAUAGAUGAUCCAGAAAAAGAAUACCAAUGUUGGUUCUUCGAUGAAGACGAUUGCAAAUUUUCAUUCAAAUACACUGAAAUUAAUAAUGAAAUUAAAAUUUAUGCGCAACAAGAACGUGAAUGUCCACCAAAAGUAUUUAUGUUAGGCAUAGUAUUAGGUGUUAUAGCCGCCAUUGUUUUAGUUGGCUUGGCUAUAUUGUUAUUGUGGAAAUUGUUGACGACGAUACAUGACAGACGAGAAUUUGCACGCUUCGAAAAGGAACGUAUGAAUGCCAAAUGGGAUACUGGGGAAAAUCCAAUCUACAAGCAAGCUACGUCUACCUUCAAAAACCCAAUGUAUGCGGGUAAAUAAACGAAAUACAACAAUGAACGAAUUUUUAUAUUUUGCCAUAAAAUCAACUGAACUAUUCAAAACUUUGUAUUUAUGUACAACUAAGUCUUCUCAAAAACAUAGAAAAGAGCAAAAUUUAUUGAUUUUCUGCAACGCUAUGACAUAUUGUUAACGUGUUUAAUAUAAAAAUAUUUUAAAAUGGAACGUAGAGAAAAAAUACUGCCAUAAAAAUAGAAGCAAAUCUCGACUUGGGAAACAAAUUGUGCCUUUUUUACACUUCCAUAUAUAAAUGAAAGUACAUAUAUAUAUAAUUUUAACUCUCGAUUUAAAGUUAAAACGUUAACAAUGUCAACUCGGUUUUUUUUAUUAAAUUAAACUUUUGUAAAAAAGCAUGUUACUUACAAAAAAAGCAUGUUACUUAUUUACAAACGUCCCUCUAAUUUCUACCAAAACUUUUUCACUUUCUUUAUAUAUAUAAAUAUAUAUGUUAUUUUCUAAUAUAUUUAAUUAUUAAUAUAAGCACAAAAUAUGAGAAAUGUACUGUAAAUGUGCCUAAAAAGUAAUACGAAAAGAGUUUGCCUUAAACUUUAAGUAUUUUUGUAAAGCUUUUUAUUUUUUAUACACGAACUGAGUGUGUAUUUUUAAUUUUUAUAAAAUUAGUUUGUAAGUUAAUAUUAAAAUAACUAAAUGUAUUUAUUAUAACAAUGACGAUUUGUGAAUAGCAGCCAAAUUAUGAAAUAUUUUAACAUAAAUAAAA